UGUUUUCAGAGUCUCUUCACUUGGAAGAAGAAUCACACAGCUUUAAAAUGGAUGUAUAAAAAGUGACAUGGCCGAUAAAAUUAUCUUAAUUUUUCUGAUUCUAGUAGGAAUACAAGGAUCUACAGCAGUGACCCACUCUCUGAAGUAUUUCUACACGGCAUCUUCAGGAAUAGAAAACUUUCCAUCAUACGUCUCUGUUGGGUUGGUGGAUGAUGUUCAGAUAAGUUACUGUGACAGCAGAACAAAUGAAAAUAUUCCUAAACAGGAUUGGAUGAAUAAAGUGAGUUCAGAACAUCCAAAUUACUGGAAGGAGGAAACUAAGACAUGUUGGUCUAAACAGCAAACCUUCAAAAUCAGCCUAGAAAUUGCCAAAAAACGUUUCAACCAGACUGGAGGAGUUCACGUCUUUCAGCAGAUGUAUGGCUGUGAGUGGGAUAAUGAGACUAGAGAGGUCAAAGGUUAUGAUCAGUUUGGUUAUGAUGGAGAAGACUUCAUCGCAUUAGACCUGAAAACAGAGAGAUGGUCUGCUCCAGUAUAUCAGGCUUCAAUCACCAAAAACAAAUGGGACAAUAACAACAGGAAGUUGGCAGAAACAAAAUACUACAUCACUCAAACUUGUCCUGAUUGGCUGGAAAAAUAUUUGGAGUAUGGGAAGAACUCUCUGAAGAGAACAGAUUUUCCCUGGUUAUCUCUCCUUCAGAAGCUUUCAUCCUCUCAAGUCAGUUGCCACGCUACUGGUUUCUAUCCCAGCAGAGCUGAAAUGUAUUGGAGGAGGGAUGGAGAGGAGAUUCAUGAGGAAGUGAACAAAGGAGAAAUCCUCCCCAACAAUGACGGGACCUUCCAGAUGAGUGUUGACUUAAAUAUUUCAUCCAUUUCAUCUAAUGACUGGAUGAGGUAUGAAUGUGUGUUUCAGCUCUCUGGUCUCAAAGAUCUUGUCAUUAAACUGGAGCCAGAAAAAAUUCAAACCAAUGAUGGAAAAUUUAGUUAUUUUAUCACCAUAAUUUGGGUAACGACAGGUGGAGCAAUAGGUCUUGUUGUAUACCAUUUAUGCCUGUGGAGAAAUUGUGGUUGGUGUUAUAAAUACUAAGAUGAGAAUCAGUGUCACCACAUCCACCAAGUGAACAUUAAAGAAAUUAUCCCUGGGAUUUUAUUUAACUGGAAUUUAUAAAAAGUUUAAAUGAACAUCAUUUGGAAAAUGUUCAUAUUUUAGUAACUUGGUCCUCUGAAGACGUAACUCUAUAUUACAAAAACACUAAGUCACUACUUUUGAAGUAGUUCUAUGUCUGAGUUAAUUUUUUUCUCAUAUGUAAUCAAAGAAUUGUAAAUAUUAGUAGAACUAAAUUACCUUCAAGGGAAUUGAUACUUACACCGAUGCAUUCUCAUGCCAAAUCCAGAUAUUAAUGUCAAACCCCGUAUAAGUAUCUUUUUGUUUGUUUUAUCUGUUGUGUAUUUUUGCUGUUUUUAAAUAUAGUGUUUGUUCAAA